UAUUUUUGUUAUUUUACCAUAGGGUAAUAAUUACUCACGAGUACGAUGAGCUUAGAAAAGAAGAUUAUUAUCACUACAACUACAACUCUAUGGAACAAGUCUUAUAAUCACAACAACAACAAAACAGUGAUUAAAGACCAUUAACCAAAAAUAUGAAGGCUCUUUUAAUUUCCGGGAAUCCGCUGGAAUAAUAUUUAAGACUGACAAGUGACAAUAAAUAAUAUUAAAUGGCUAGUAAAUUAUUGCGUUAAUUACUUUUACUUAAUAUUUUUAUUGGAUCAUUAAAAUAAUUUAGCUAAAUAAUUUAAAUGUAUAUAAUAUUAUUUAUAAAAUAAUUAAGUAAAUAUUAAAAUUUAUAAUUCUAAUACCAAGUAUUCUUGUUCGUUGUCCAUGACAUAUUAAAGUGAAAGAUAUUUAGUUUUUAUCAACUAAUUAUUAUGAAUUAUCGGUAGAUAGUCGUAGAUAUUUCGACUAAUUCAAAUGACACGAGUCGAAUAAAAUGAGUAAUUAUAAUUCUAACUAUAAGUUUUUGGACAUGUUUAAUAAAAAAAAAAUAGUAUUUUUUUUUGGUUUUUUCACUUUACUUAUUUUUUGGUUUAUUGGAAUUCGAAGUAGAGAUGCAUCACAAUAUCAAAUUUUAAAACAAACAUUGGAACACACAAAAGAAGAAUUAAAAAUCAAAUCUAUAAAUUAUAAUAUUUUAAAAGAAAGAUUUGAAAGUAUAUGUGAUAAAUGGCAACCAAACAUUCCAGUUAUAUAUGCCAUCACACCUACCUACAAAAGACCUGUACAAAAAGCAGAACUAACAAGAUUGUCUAACACUUUUCGUCUUGUAAAUAAUUUCCAUUGGAUUAUUGUUGAAGAUUCUGAAAUGAAAACAUCACUUGUAGCCAAUUUGCUUUAUAAAAGUAAUUUAAAUUAUACACACUUAGCCAUAGGAACACCAGCUGAAUGGAAGAGAAAAUUAAAAGAACCUAAAUGGAAGAAACCUAGAGGAGUUAAACAACGAAACAAAGCGUUAGAAUGGUUAAGAAUUAACAGAGCUAAUAUAAAUGAUGAAGGGAUAAUUUUUUUUGCUGAUGAUGAUAACACAUAUAGUGUUGAUUUAUUUAAUGAAAUGCGAACUGUAAAAGGUGUUGGUGUUUGGCCAGUUGGUCUUGUUGGUGGUCUUUUAGUAGAAAAACCAUUAAUAAAUAGUAAAGGUAAAGUAAUUGGUUGGAAUAGUGCUUGGAGACCAGAACGACCAUUUCCUGUUGAUAUGGCAGGUUUUGCCAUUAAUUUAAGACUUUUACGUAAUCAUCCGAAUGCUGUGUUUUCAUGGGAUGUCAGUCGAGGUUUCCAGGAAAGUGCCAUACUUUCACAAGUAACCACUGUAGAACAAUUGGAGCCUAUGGCAGAUAACUGCUCAAAAGUGUAUGUUUGGCAUACAAGAACUGAAGAACCAAUACUAAAAGCAGAAGAAAAACUUAAAAACCGUGGACUACGAUCAGACAUGAAUAUUGAAGUUUAAUCUCAACCAGUGAUGCAAACACCCGGUGCUUUAUACGUGUGUAAUUAUUUUAGUCUAUAAAUAACUUUCAAAGACUCACUGCUCAAUGGAGAAAUUAAGGCCAACUUGUAUUUUUACUUAUAUGUAUAUAUAAUUACGUAUACUUAAAUUUAGUUGUGGCACAGAUUAAAAUGACCAGUUAGUUAUUACUUAUUGCUAAUACAAACUAUAUAAGACAUUUAUUUGAACCUAAACCUAAAUUGUAAAUUUGUAACCAAUAAAAAUGAUUGGAACAAUAAUUAAAUUGUAAAUAAUUUCCAUUUCAUCAUCAAUUCAAGUAAAAAAAUUUCAUAUUAUUUUCAACUUUUUUUAGUCAAGAGUAAUUUCCAUGUCAUACAGAUUAUUUUUUAAAUUUAUUUGUUUAAAAUAAUAACAUAUAUUUAUUAUUAAUUUACAAAAUAUAAUAGAUCAUUUUGUUUAAAUGAAUUUGAUACAAUUGAAUAUGUUAGUAGAAUAUAAUAACCACUAACUUAUCUACCUACUAAUAAAUAAAUAAAAAAUAAUAAUUUCAUUUCUAUAAAAAAUAACUGAUAAAUUGAUUUCCACUACAAAAUAUAUUAAAUAAUACAACAUAGUUAAUAAACUAUAGAUAUUUAAAAAAGUACCUAUAGUACUUAUACACACAAUUGAUUAAAUACAUGUUUGUUGUUUUUAGCCAAUACAUUUAUUUUUGUUUCAAUUUAAAUAACCUAAAAUUAAUUAGCUAUUUUCUGAUAAAAUUGUUUGUAAAAGUUUUGGUUGUGUGUCUUCAGUCUUGUUACAUACGACAUUUCUGUUCAUCAUUCAAAAUCAAAAAAAUUAAUGAUAUUUUUGGAACUAAGCAAUUUAUUAGAAUUUUUAUUUUAUAUCUAUAAAAUUGUACUUUCAAUCAUCAAUAAAAUGUUGCAUUCCUACUUUUUUUUUACAUACACUACAUCCUAUUUAAUAAUGUAAUAAUCUUUUUCUUUUGUAUUAGGUCAAAUAUUAGGUCAAAUAUAAUGUAUGUGUUGGAAUUAUAAACAAAACACCCUAUAUAAUGUAGUGUAUAAGUAAUAUAUUCACACUGUAGUUCAUCAGACGCUGACUAUACAUUUUUAUAUACUACAGCAUAUUAUAUGUCCUGCGUAGUGUAGCCGGGUAUACAUAGUUAGUCGUUGAUUUAUAUUACGCCUCGUAACACUAUUGUACAUCGUAUCAUUAUACUUAUUAUUAUAUUAUAUAUAUCCGAUUAUAUUAUUAUUUACCUUUUAACUUCUGUAUAUCUGUGUACUUCAACAGUAUGUCUAAAAAGCAGUGUCCCCUUCUUCAAAUAUAUUUUACUUUGUGCUCAAAACUAUACAUAAGAUUAUUUUUUUAAUAACAACAUAUAAGUAUAAAUUAAAUUAUGUACAAAACAUAUUUUUCUGAAAAAUUUAAUAUACCUACAUAGAUUGAUAAAUCUAAUAACUAUGUUCAAGAAGCUAAAGUUUUAAUUUGUUUAAUUCUUUAUUAAUAAAUAAUAUUACUAAAAAUUGUAUUAAAUAAAUAAGUUAUACUACGUAUACUAACUGCAUGAACCUUGUAAAAUCUUUAUUAAAACCCAAACACAUAAUGAAAAUGUAUUGAUUAGAAAUUAAUUUAUCAUCCUAUUAGUUUUAAUCAGAAUUAUAAUUUUAUUAUUUAAAUGAUCGAUAAGUUGGUAGCACAUAAUGUUAAAUGAAAACAAAAAAAUUAAUGUAAUUUAUCGUAGAAAAAUAAAAACAACUAUUUUUAUCAAUGAAAAAUUAAACAAUUAUAAACAUGUUUAAUAUUGUACAGUUUAAAUUUACAACAAUAUUUUAACAUAUUAAUAAUUUGCAUGUUAUAUCAUGUUCAACCUCAUUCCAGUUAAGUAAUAUUAAUAAUUAAAGUUGAAAAUUAUUUUAUUUAUAUCAUAUUAAUCCAUUGUAUUAUCAUUCAACCGUCCUUAAAUAUUUACGUUCAAUUUAAAUUAUGAAAACCUUGUGAUAUUUUAAAAUGUUGAAAUUCCGUGACAUUUUGUAUUAUAUAGUUACCUAAUCAUAUUUUUUUAUACAUUUAGGUAAUUGCUUGUGUUUAAAAAAUAAUAUUAUUUUUACAUUUUUAGUUUUUUGUAUCUUUCAAUGAUGAUAAGAUUAAUUUAUCUGAGUUAAAAAAAUAUUGUUGAAAAUAAUGAUGCCAGCAUGGCGUAAAUUAUUGUACUAUAACAUAUUAUAUAUUUUUAAAGAUUAAAAUAAUCAUUAUUUAUAUUUAUAUAGGUAUAUUAUAUUUACUUAUUACUUUAUAGUUUAUAGUCUAUCACUAAAAAUAUUUUUAUAAUUUUGUAUUUUGUAUUUUUAUGUAUAAUUUUACUAUUUAUUCAUUUUUAUUCUAUCAACUGUGUAGCUUCAUUGAUGGUUUUCAGAUAUUUGUUACCAGAAAAUUGUAAGUAAUUUAUACUACAUUAUAUGAGUUAUUGAUUAUUGUCUUAAUACAUUAAAAGGACGCCACACCCGCAUGUGUUGUCUCCAUCUUAUUAACUCGUAACAUACCAAAUUUAUGAUAAGAAAUUCAAGUUUUAUGCCGUUAGCUUAAAAAUUAGAGUGAAUCGACCUAUUAUGAAACUUUAUGGUAAGAACAUAAUCUGUGUUUUGAUGGAAGUUUUUUUACGAUGAUUCAGUUUUUAAUUGAGUUAGGAGCAUUUUUAAUUUACAUAUAUUAUACACGCUAUAACUCACUUAAAAACUGAAUUAUCGUAAAAAAAAAACUUCUAACAAAACAAAAAAUUUUUCUUACCAUCAAGUUUUAUAAUAGGUCGAUUUACUCUAAUUUUUAAGCUAACAGCAUAAAACUUGAAUUUCAGAGCAUAAAUUUGGUAUGUGACGCUUUUGUAAGACGGAGACAACACAUGCGGGUGUGGUAUCCUCUUAAUAUGUUACUCUAAGGAAAUUAUUAUUUAUUUAUUAGGUAAUGAAAUAAAAAUAAAAAUAAUUUAAUCUAA